GCUCUUGUUUUCAUGAAAAAUGAGGACAUUUUUAUGAUAACACACCUGCAAUAUGAGGACACUCGGAAAAAUGAGGACAUUUUGGGGGUCCUCAUUUUUCCAUGCUCACUAAACAGUUGUAGAUGCUCCUAGAAUGCCUCUAAACCAAAAACCUCCAAUGUCCUGAAACAUCACAAUUUUAUGACAUGAAGUGUGUAAGUGUGUUUAUGUUUUUUGCUCAUUUGCGGAUACGCCAACUAGUGGUCAGAUCUGGAACUUUAACACACUUUUAACACACAUUGAUGACGCACUCAACGGGUCCUCAUAUAUAACGUUUUCAUAACCAAAAUAUUUAUCAGUUCUUUAUUUAUGACUUGUUAAUUUGUUGAAAGAUAUGUGAUAUCUAUCCUGUGAAGCGUUUUUGUUGUAUGCUGAUGAUUGUUGUAUGAGAGUCAUUGGUUUCAAUAAUAAAAAAUAAAAAACGUUUUCAUACACACCAACUUUUUAAGCUAGUUUAGAAUUAGCCUACUGUAAUUCACACAUUCCACGUAAUCAGAGUAAAAUAAUAACAUCAAUUUACUAUUGCUGAUUAAGUAUCCUGUUUACUUUGUAGAGAAUCAGUUCCUCAAUUAAUUGAAAUUAAUCAGCUGGAUAAGAUAAUGUUAGCUUAUUAAACAAAGAGGAGAACAUCAUUAAUAGGUGGGCCUGGGAAUAUCUGGACAUGCAUAUUAAUUAAAAUAAAUGUAAUUAAUUAAUAUUAAGAACUUCCUUUCAGAAACAGCAUAAUCAUGCCACGGUGGGCCAGCAUAAAAACACGGUCCGGAUCUACCACAUAAGGUGGAGUCUCUCCUGGUCUUUGAGUUGAAAACCUUGAUUAUGUCAUAAUCUAUCAAUAAACUAUCAAUAAUGUUUAAUAUAUAAUUGGGAGUCUAAAUGGCCAAAUGACCAGCCAAAUAACAGCAGUAAGUGGCGCUUUCCUCCCGUCGUCCGGUUGUCUGUUUGGACAAGUGAAGUGCGGCCUGCAUGCUAUGUGCCGGCUUUUCCCACAUUCCCAGAGCCACCGAACGUCUCACAACCGUCUUACCGCUGCUGCUGCAGACUUCUCCUCAGGCAUGACCUGGUAAGUGAUCUUUGCUAAUUGAGGAGCACAUGGUCAAAGAGCAUGUCAAAAAGGAGAACCAGACUUAGCCCUGAGGCUGAGGCUAUUCAGUUUAUUUUAUCUGGAGGUGAAAAACCUUGUUUUAAGGUCAAGUGGAUCAGUGAUUUUAAAGGACGUGGUGUAUUUACCUGCACACCAAUUGAAAAGGGAUCGUUUGUCGUCGAGUACCGUGGGGAGUUAAUAUCACAAUAUGAACAGGACAAGAGGCAGAAGAAGUACACAGAAAAACAAAAUGCUUUCUUGUUUGAUUUUGAAUUGAACAAUGUCACAUGGUGCAUAGAUGCGUCCCGUGAAGAUGGCUCACUGGGAAGGCUGGUGAAUGAUUGCAACAAGUCACCAAAUUGUAAAAUGAAAAGGUUGACAGUCCAGGGUAAACCUCAUCUUUGCUUAUUCGCAAUUGAAAACAUCCAAGCAGAGACUGAAAUAACCUACGAUUAUGGAGAUUCUCAAUGGCCAUGGCGUAAUCUGACACCAAGUGGCAUGAUCCAGUCUCAACCUUCAGGAGACCCAGAAGUGAGCGAGAGAUCCAGUUCGACCUUCCAACAGACACCAAGUGGCAUGAUCCAGUCUCAACCUUCAGGAGACCCAGAAGUGAGCGAGAGAUCCAGUUCGACCUUCCAACAGACACCAAGUGGCAUGAUCCAGUCUCAACCUUCAGGAGACCCAGAAGUGAGCGAGAGAUCCAGUUCGACCUUCCAACAGACACCAAGUGGCAUGAUCCAGUCUCAACCUUCAGGAGACCCAGAAGUGAGCGAGAGAUCCAGUUCGACCUUCCAACAGACACCAAGUGGCAUGAUCCAGUCUCAACCUUCAGGAGACCCAGAAGUGAGCGAGAGAUCCAGUUCGACCUUCCAACAGACACCAAGUGGCAUGAUCCAGUCUCAACCUUCAGGAGACCCAGAAGUGAGCGAGAGAUCCAGUUCGACCUUCCAACAGACACCAAGUGGCAUGAUCCAGUCUCAACCUUCAGGAGACCCAGAAGUGAGCGAGAGAUCCAGUUCGACCUUCCAACAGGCCAACCACUCCACUGGAAUUGCAUCCUUCCAUCAUGUACUUACUGCAGAGCAGAUCUCUAAUGACAUGACUGAUGAAUCUUCGGAUGCAACGGACUAUGAUGAUGCCAACUAUGUUCCAGAUUCAAGUGGCAACUCCUCUGACACAAGUUAUUCUAGUAGAGAUCUAAAAAUCAUAGACAAUCAUCUUCCCCACAGAGUGUUAAAGGAAAAAUCAUUGGGGAUCGAUACAGCCCACAGUUCGGAUAGUACCAACAGUUCCAAGGAGCAGAGAAGUUUUAGUUCCUCAAAGAUAAGCAGCGGCCAUUGUAGUUCAGUGAUAAGUUGCAGUGACAGUUCAUCAGAGAAGACCUCGCACAGCUCCAUAAAUGUCACUUCGUUGCCAAACACAGCAAAGCGAAGCAAGUACAACAAGAAACAAUAUUGUCUAUAUUGUAAUAAGGCCAUUUCUAAAUUGGCGAGACACCUCGAAUCCGCUCACAGUACACAGCUUGAUGUCGCAAAGGCUUUCAGUUUUAAGAAAAGAUCUCGCGAAAGAAAAGAUUUGUUACGCUCACUUAAGAAGAGGGGAAACUUUAACCAUAAUGCCACUGUGGCAAGCAGUGGUGUUGGAGAAAUGGUUGCUUGUCGAAGACCCACUAGAGACAAACAAUCUAAUGACUUCAGUCACUGCAAGUUUUGUCAAGGACUCUAUGCAAGAGAUAGUCUAUGGAGACAUGUCAGAAACUGCCCUCAGAAGUCUGUUGAGGUGGAGACUAGAGUUGGGCAAAAACGGAUCCACAUUGACCUACCAAAAGCUGAUACAGUUCAUGAUGCUGUUUGGAAGAUUGCUUGUGAAAUGAACCAGGAUGACAUUUCUUUAGUUGUAAGGAGUGAAAGAGACAUCCUUAGUCUUGGCGAGUCAAUGUACAAUGGCAGGAAACCAAAUGAGAAAAGAAAUGAUUACAUACGUCAAAAAAUGAGAGAGAUGGCUAGACUCUUGAUAACUGCAAGAGCUACAACACCUUUGAAGAGCACUGAAGACCUUGUUAUGCCCAGUAAUUUUCCCCACGUGAUACAAGCAGUGAGAUCUGUUGCUGGUUAUGACUUGGAUAGCAACUCAUAUAAAACCCCAUCAUUGGCUUUAAAAUUGGGUCACAGUUUGGCUAAGGUUGCAGGCAUUGUGCAAUGCAAUGCCAUCAUUGCAAAUCGCAAUGCUGUCGCAGAGUCUGCCAAGCAAUUCUCCACUCUGUAUGAGAAAAGAUGGGCGGAAUCCAUUUCAAGUGCUGCACUGGGUACACUUCAUCAAGCCAAAUGGAAUAAACCACAUGUUUUGCCCUUUACACAGGAUGUGUCUCUGCUGCACAAGUUUCUUGCUACUGAGCGUGCUAAGUGCAUGAAGGACCUUGAGGAAGAACCCAACAUCAAAAGCUUUGGGAAUCUUGCACAAGUGACUUUGACGCAGGUGGUACUAUUUAACAGAAGAAGGCAAGGGGAAGUUUCAAAAAUGGAACUCCAGGCUUUCACAUCCAGAAAUCGUACAGAGUUGAAUCCUGACAUUAUGAUGGGCCUUACUGAGUUUGAGAGGAAGGUUGCAAAGUACUUUGACAGAGUUGAGAUUCGAGGUAAAAGGUCACGAAUGGUGCCCGUGCUUCUCACACCUGACAUGAUCACUGCAAUGGAUCUCCUCAUUAAAAACAGGAAUGAGUGUCAAGUCCACACAGAGAAUGUGUACUUGUUUGCACGCCCAUGUGUGCUUUCCCAUUACAGAGGCUCUGACUGCUUCCGCAAGUAUUCAAAACGAUGUGGUGCAAAAAACCCAGAGUCACUCACCUCAACAAGAUUGAGGAAACAAGUUGCCACUUUGUCAACAGUACUAAACUUAAAAGAAAAUGAAAUGGAUCAACUUGCUACCUUUCUAGGACAUGAUAUAAGGGUCCACAGGGAAUUCUAUCGGCUUCCAGAGAGUACCCUGCAGCUUGCAAAAGUUAGCAAACUGUUGAUAGCAAUGGAAAAAGGAAGACUGUCUGACCUGCAAGGGAAAGGGCUGGAUGACAUUGAGAUCAAUCCUGGAGAUGAAGUAGGCACGAGUGAUGAUGAUUCCAGUGAAGAAACCAUUGCUGACCUACAUCAACAUGAAGGCUCAAGAACUGAGACUUCUGGGGAUCGGACACUUCUGAGGCACUCGCAUGCUUCAACCACCCUGGAUCAUUUGGGGGGCACUUCUGCCUCAACCGUCUUGGACAACGUAAAUGUCAGCAACACUCAACCAAGACAUGAUUCCCAGCAGAACACAGCACUUCAAAUGGUUACAUCCCAAACUUCUUCAAAGGGCUCCACUGCAAAGCAAGCUGGGAAGGUGAGGAGCAAGUGGACAGGUAAUGAAGUGAAGGCUGUGGAGCGGCACAUGAUUCAUUUCAUAACCAGCUGCAAGGUGCCAGGUAAAAAGGACUGUGACUCCUGCCUCCAGGCAGAACCAGUGGCUCUGAAAGACAGAGACUGGGUUGCAAUCAAAUACUACAUUCACAACAGAAUCAUAUCAAUGAAAAGGAAGAUGAAUAGAUAGAACUAGAACAUGCCAACUGUGGCUCAGGUGCAAUUUAAUUUCUGUUGAACUUAGAAAAUUGCUCACUGUGUGCUGUUAUAAUCAGUGUCACCUUAGAUAUCCAGUGAAAAUGUUUGUAAUGGGUUUCGUUUGAUAUUCUCAUUUUCAUUCAAGGAUUGCUAUUGAUGAUUUCUUGUACAAGCAUGCCACCUAGUUUUGACUGAAGCUGCCAUGUUGACAUGUAUUCAUGAGGGCUAUUGAUUUUUUAUUUUUAUUUUUUUUUUUUUUGAUCUGUCACAGUUGGUUUCGUGUUUGGCUUCACGUUUGUUUUAAUGUCUCUUAUUUUGUAAUCUCGUCAUGUUUCAGCUCCCGGUCUUGUCAUGUGAUUCCCUUCUCAUCAUGUGAUCAUGUCAUAUGCUUCCCUAGUCUUGUGUUAUGUUCCUAUUGGUUGGUUUAGUUGUCAUAUCCUGAUUGGUUCCCUUGUUUCAUGUGUCUUGUUCUCAUUGGUUGUUGUAGUCAUGUGAUCCCGCUAGUCCUGUAUAAAUACUCCUCAUGUUUCCAUAGUCUCUUGUUGAGUAUUGUGAUUGUUUUCUGUAACCGCUGCCGGUGAGUUCUCUGACAAGUCUGUUCCAAGUCACGUCUGUUCAUGGUUCAUGCUUCAGGUCUGUUCCUGCUUCAAGUCUGUUCAUGCUUCAGGUCUGUUCAUGCUUCAGGUCUGUUCAUGCUUCAGGUCAAGUCUGUUCUAGUCGAGUCAUCGUUUAUGUUGUAUCUGUUCACGUUUGGAAAUAAACUGCACAUGGGUUCAUCACUUCAA